CCUUAAUAAAAGCUAUUUGUUUUAACAAAUAAAUGUAUAUGUGUGUAUUAAAGAACAGGAGAAUAAUGUUCCUAAGACAGCAGACAUUACUUUGUGAAUUUCUUCUCUUUCAGAGAAGAAACCACAGUCUGCUAAAAUAAGGCUAAUUUGCUUAUCCGACAUAAACAAAUUAGAUCUUACAGUUCCCUUUUCUUUUGGUUACCUUUUUUUAUAAUCUUUAGAUAAGAAAGAGCUAUUUCCUUUCAAAUAACAUAUAUGUGAGAACUGUUAAUCUCUUAGUCAGAUGCUGUGCAGCAGCAGUGUUUAAAGAGUUGAAGUUUUCCACAAAAUGAACGACAAACGAAUCAAUAUGUUUGUUCUGCUCGGUGCAUACAGUGUGUUUUUAAUUCAGAAUGUGAAUGCUGUGCAUUUGGAAACCAAUCAAGACGAUAUAAUUAAAGCAAUUGAAAUUGUUAAUAAACUAAUUAACGAACAAUUGGUAAGUAAUAUUUUUUAUUUUUUUUUAAUUUAGUCCUUUUUUAAUAUGUCAAAUAAUGAUUUCUUUGUGGGUUUUUCUGUUUGUCUUUAUUUUAGAAUGUGGCUCAAUGGUUUACAGUCCCGCAAGUAAUAAAGGUAAUUCAUUAUAAAUAUCUUGUUUGUUCUUGAUCUUUGAAAAUACAGAAAAUGCAUCAUUUUAUAAACUUUUUACCACUUUAAGUAUUUUGGUAGUUUGUUAAGGUUUAUUUAUCUUUGCACCAUAAUAUGUACUGUGCUUUAUUUACAGAAUCAUCAUAGCUCCCUUCUUAAUACUGUACACUUAUAAUGUUUGCCUUCCAACUUGUGAUGGGAGGGCUAUAUAUGCUAAUAAACAUAGGCUUAAAUGAGAAUAGUCAUCAGGAUUUUAAUAAUCAAAACAUAUGGGACUUUUCAAGUAAAUUGUGGAGACUGUAAAAUCCACUAUAUUCUUUAACUUACCUACGGGAUAACAGUAAAAUAUAAUUUGACACAAGUGAUUAGUUCAUGUUAUAUGCAUCAAAAUCUAGUACGGGAUGAGAGGGGUACCAUUCACCUAAGCAUGAUUGUGCAGAUUUUAAAAUCAUAUGUUUUACUGUUUAAAAAUAUAAGAAUAACAAAAUAUUAAAGGAGUUGGCUAUCAUCUCCAUGUAGAAGAAGAUGCAAAAAUGAUCAGUAGAAAUAACUUUUUUGAAUAGCUGAAUUUCAAUUAUUUAUGUAUUUUUUAGAAUUUGCAUGUUUUUUUUUAGAUAGCUUAAAUAGCUCUAUCUCCAGUUCUAUUAGAAGUUACAGGAAAUAAAGUCAUAGAAAGAAGUCACAUUUCAUUUAAAUGGCAUAAAUAAAUAAUUAAACUAUUUAAAGUUUAAACUAUUUUAAGUAUGCCUCUUCUCGGUCUCUGCUGUGCCUGUGACCUUCUCCUGUCUGCUGCUCGCACCCGUACAGUAAGCUCACACUUGCAGGACUUCUUGCGGGUGGCUUCUUUCCUUUGGAAUAGCCUGCCUAUGACCAUCAAGCUCUCCACUAGUCUUCAAUCAUUUAAAAAGUGCCUCAAAACCCAUAUCUUCAGGAAAGCUUAUGGCCUCCCAGUGUAACCUCUACCUCACAUACCUGUCCCUUGCUCUCUCCUCCAGCUCUGCUUCACUCCACCUUGUUCGAUUGCUACCUCCUGUCCUGUUGGGUUUUACGCCCCACCUCCUAUAGACAGUAAUUUUGUUUGAGCAGGGCCCUCUUCAACCUACAGUACCUGUAAGUUUUUGUAAUUGUCUCAUUUAUUGUUAAAUCUCCCCCUUUAAUAAUAUUGUAAAGCGCUACGGAAUAUGCUAGCGCUAUAUAAAUACCAGAAAUUAAUAAUAAAGUAUGUGUCAACUGACAAUACUUUACUUUUACAUACUGACGACACAUUUUAUUUAUGAAUGCUUUACAUAAAUAUAAAAAAGAGAAGAUUUAUUCAUUUUCAUAAGCAAAUUAAAGUAGUAAAAUAAAACAUUUAAGUCUGUCAUUUAGAGACAAUCAUGUACAGAUUGAAAACACAUUACAUGAUACUGUGUGUGCCAUUACAUGGAUAUUACCUGUUUUAAUGUUGUGACAUACCACUGUCUACUGUUUUAAAGGACAUGUGUCAUCUGAAAACUAUUUUCAAUAUAAAAAUCCUUUAAUGAAAGGUUUUGAAAGGAAGUAUAUUUUUUGUAAAUGCAGUAUAUGUUAAAAGAAGAAUGAGAAAAACCCAUCCUUACUUUUAGUUUAUGACCGGAUCCUUCAGCCAUAUACAUGCACCUUGGGUCAGACAGUGUUUGCAAACAAACAGUUAGUCUCUCCCUGAUUCGCUAUAUGCACAGAAACAGGGAAGACCAUAGAGAUUAACUGUCAGUUUUUACACACUAUCUGACCCAGGGUGCAUGUAUAUGGCUGAAGAAUAUAGUCAUACACUAAAAGUAAGGAUGGAGUUUACUUAUUUUUACUAUAUUUUUGAAUCUUAAUGAAAGGAUUAUUAUAUUAGAAAAAGAGUUUUGAGGUGACCGCUAUCCUUUAAGAAGGAAAUCCAUCUACUGAUAUCAGUACUAAUAUUAGCAAAGGGAAUUCUUAAGGGUUAGGUUAGGGUUAGUUGUAGGUGUUAGGGUUAUUUCUUUCUCCGACAUCCCCCUGUGACUCUAUUAGGUAAUUUUUUUUUUUACCUGUGACUUUUUUUCCUGGAGUCUUCUGUUAAUAUCUCCCCGGUGAUCAUUGUGCCUAUAGAAAAUUAUAUAAAACUCCACCUCUAGAUUAUCUUGAGUUUCACAGGAUUCAUCUCCAUAAUUUACUGUGAUAACUGUUUUCUUCCUUGGAAUGUUAACCAUGUAUUUAUGCAAUCUAAAUAAUAGUGAUGCAAGGUUUUAGUACAAUUGACUAACACACCAAAUAUUUAUAGAAUUAAUCAUACAUUUCUUUCUGCCUUUUAUAGAAUGUCACUUAUUAAAUGCUUGCACAUAUUUUUUAAAGUUUUAAGAUAAGUGGCACAUUUUGUCAUAUUAAUUGUUACUACAUACACCCAGAGAAGUAAGGAAUGAAUUUGAAAGAACUCGCUUUAUGAAAAGAGCGGGUGUUUACAUAAAAUGUAAUAAUAUUUCUAACACAAAGCCUUCAUUGACAUAAUAUAAAUUUUCCAUUCUUGCCUAACUGAUAAGAUAAUGAGAAUUUAAAAAAAAAAAAAAAAAGUCUUCCUCUGCUAGGUACUCUAAACACCGAAACAACUUUAGAUUAAUAAAACAGUUUUGGCAUUUUCCAUCAUAAUAUACCCAGAAAAAAAUAGAAAGAAAUGGGAACCGUGGGAAAAUUGGUGUAAAAGGGAAUAAACACCACCUCCACACUGAUCCCAUGCACCAGGAGGGCACUCCGGCAAUGCCCAAGGGCUUAACCCUAGAAACUAGCAACAGAAACAAAAAAGCAAAAAUUCACAAACUGAAUAUAAUGCUGACUGGAGAUAAAGAUGUAGUCACCAAAGCAUCCAGUGGUAUAGUAAAAGAUUGGCAGCCCUAAUAAUCAAAAGUAGACAGACGAAUAAAGUAAAAUAAAAUAAAGAAAGCCUCUCUCCUUGUGAGACUUACUAGAUAGGCAUAGAAAAAAUUUAAAUCAUAAAUCAUAACAAACUCCCAUGCCUAAGUAAGUGAGGAGAUGAAGUGAUGAAGUGCUACCUGAUAUGUAGUGACGAUAGCCAGACUUUGUCACCAACCUGGUACACAGGUGUGGCACCACGCCCUUAACAGCCUGACAUUUAAAAUGAGCAGCAGCGCUGACUGCCGAGCUGAAUGGAAGCAAACCUCAGCAGCUCCCACUGCAUACAGCGCAUAAAGCAAUCCUUUACAGCCCAAAAGGCGAUUAAUCAAGGCAAACAGGACACCAAUUGAGAGGUGCCAUCGAGCUGAGCGAGAUGACACCACCCAAGCAACAUUUUGUGCAAUGCCAAUAGACCACAUAUCGGCACAAGUGCCCUCUUUCCCCCCCCCCACCUCUGUACCGGCUGGGGUCAUCCUGGUCUACCCUCAUGAAGAGAACACACCACCAAAUUGAUCCAGGACACAAAGCCCCACGUGGCCUAACCAAGAUGGCUGGCGGCCCCGCUAAUCAUAAAGAACAACAGACACUCAAAGAAUGGGCAGCGGCCUUCAAGAAAAAAUUUGAUGCCAUCUGCAGGUGAUUUUGGGAAAGCCUGAAGAACAAGAGACAGCCGCUGACACCAGCACCGGCCAGCAACAAGAUCAAAGCACCCGAAGCACGACGGCCAGGCAGAGCUCAGCCCACAGCAAGGCGCAAGGUCGAGGCACAGCCGGGGAGGCCCCAUUCGGGCAAAACGCACAUCACUAUAUUGCCAGCCUGUUGGCCCACCUGGGAAAGGAGCUGCAUGGGGUGUGAUCCCUACACACCACUAACACCUGCAGAGGAAAGUAAGCGCAUGACAGCAACCAAGUGCGAACCUGCACAACCCCACACGGGGGAAGGAUUUGGCCCCAAGAUGGCAGCGAGUCUGUGAGACACUGGUACUGACUCCGGAAAGGUCCCAGGGCAGAAGGAGAGCCUCCUCCGGUUCACGCAGUGUGACUGCCAUAGACACACGGGACACCGAAGAGCAGUUGGGAGACUCAGCAACGUACCUACCAGCACUGCAUUCAAAGCCUCCAAAAUGGGCACCGGCUGAACUGGCGCGGACUGACUAGUUAUCCAACUCCUGGUUUAAGCCUAAUCACACUGUGAGAACUCUCUCUUGCACACUCUGAUGUUUUCUUUGUUUUUCUUUGUUUCUCUAUUUACUAGUAUAUCAUCUGAAGCCAUCUCAGUUUACCUAAUUAUAUGAUCACUAUGUACGUAUAGCCUGUAACAGAUUUGUUGCGAUGAACAUGGGAUUACUCCCAUCACACUGAUCAUAAUUGCAUAAUCCUGCCAUCAGCAUGUGAUGACAGGGUGUGGGUGGUUGUGACAGGGUGUAUGUGGGGUGUAGGGUGACACUGGGAGGGGUUGUGACAGUGUGUGUUGGGAGACAGGGUGGGUGGACAGGGUGGGUGGCUGUGAUGGUGGUGUGUGGGAAGGGCUGUGACAGGGUGGGGUGACUUUGACAAGUUGUGUGGGGCAUUGUGACAGGGUGUUAGUGGGGUGACAGGGUGGAGGUGGCUGAGGGUGUGGGGGGAGCUGUGACAGGGUGUAUGUGGGGUGACAGGGUUUGUUGGAGUUGCUGUGACUGUGUGCAGAUACAGGAUGGGGUUGGCUGUGUCAAGGUGUGUGUGGGGGUGGCUGUGAUGGUGUGUGGAAAGGGCUGUGACAGGGUGGAGUGGCUUUGACAAGUUGCGUGGGGGUUGUGACAGGGUGUUAGUGGGGUGACAGGGUGGCUGUGAGAGUGUGUGUGAGGACAGGGUGUGGGGGCUUUGACAGGAUUGGGGUGGCUGUGAGGGUGUGUGUGGGGGGUGUGACAGGGUGUAUGUGGGGUGUGGGGUGAUAGGGUAUGGUGGGGCUGUGAGAGGGUAGGGUGGCUGUGAGAGGGUGGGGGGGCUGUGACAUGGCGGAGAGCUGUGACAGGGUAGGGGGCUGUGACAGGGUAGGGUGGCUGUGACAGGGUAGGGUGGCUGUGACAGGGCAGGGGGGCUGAGAGUGGGUAGUGGAGGCUGAGAGAAGUUACGGGGCUGACAAAGGUGCAUCUCAUAUAGCACCGAAAUGCACGUCAGGCAUUUUUCCCUCCUGGGUUAUGGGCACUGGGCACUUUUUUGCUUAGCACGUUUUGUUUAAGUAUGUUGUUAUAAUCUUUUCCUAUCUAUUCUUUUGCUCCUAUGUCUGUCUAGCUAGGGAGAGAGGCUUUUAAUUUUUAAUUGCCAGCAUGUUUUUUUAGCUGGCUAUUGAUUUCUUACUGCCUACCCUCUACUUUAACUAAUAUUCUGACAGCAUCUAUCCUCUGAAUAUUUACUAGGAUAAAUUGUGACAUUUGCUCCAGAUAUUUAUCCAUCUUUUUUUAUAUCCCAUUAGUCAUUAUUAUUAUUUAUUUUUUAUAUCCCCAAGGAACAUUACAAGCUUGUAUACUCAGGAUUUGUACUCUACAAGUUAUAUGGGAUAUACCUUGUGAGGAGAAUUUUCUCAGUCUAUAACAUGAGAUAGAUAAUCAGGGGAUUGUUCUCCUUUACCCAGAGCCAAAUUUAAUAAAGGUCACUUAGAUUUAAUAAUUUUGAACGGUACCUGUACAUUAUGAUCUGGAUCUGUUAUAUACCUAUAUAGGAGCAUUUUUAUUAAGUAAUUAGUCAUCAUUUAUUAUUUGGUCACCAGAUCUUGCUAUAUUAUAUUUACCUGUCUAAAGGGAAUUUUGUACUUUUUGUGAUUUUUUUGUAUCCUUUUGUUAACUUUUCUUUUUUUGUCAAUUCUAUCAGGGUUCAGCCCCUAGAGACCCCUGGAGUCUCGGCUUGGUACUUAAGAUAGUUAGACACUCCCGGCGCUGUCCCUUUGGUAUAGCGACACUGGUGGUACCUACUAUCUUAUAUCUGCUUGUAUUUUAACAGUGACAGAAUAACAACAAAAAAAAAUAACAGAAAAAAAUGCAUGUCAAAAAAGUUAGGAAUUGAUUUGCAUGUCAAUGAGUGAAAUAAGUAUUUGACCCCUUCGACUUAGUACUUUGUGGCAAAACCCUUGUUGGCAAAUACAGAGGUCAGAUGUUUCUUGUAGUUGGCCACUAGGUUUGUACACAUCUCAGGAGGGAUUUUGUCCCACUCCUCUUUGCAGAUCCUCUUCAAGUCUUUAAAGUUUUGAGGCUGACGUUUGGCAAUUCGAACCUUCAGCUCCCUCCACAGAUUUUCUAUAAGAUUAAGGUCUGAAGACUGGUUUGGCCACUCCAAAACCUUAAUCAGCUUUUUCUUGAGCCACUCAUUUGUUGCCUUUGCUGUGUGUUUUGGGUCAUUGUCAUGCUGGAAUACCUAUCCUUGACCCAUUUAUAAUGCCAUGGCUGAGGGAAGGAGGUUCUCACCCAAGAUUUGAUGGUAUGUGGCCCCGUCCAUCGUCCCUUUGAUGUGGUGCAGUUGUCCUGUCUCCUUAGUAGAAGAACACCCCAUAAGCAUAAUGUUUCCACCUGCAUGUUUGAUAGUGGGGAUAGUGUUCUUGCGGUCAUAGGCAGCAUCCCUCCUUUUCCAAACACAGAGAGUUGAGUUGAUGCUAAAGAGCUCGAUUUUGGUCUCAUCUGACCACAACACUUUCACAGAGUUCUCCUUUGAGUCAAUCAAAUGUUCAUUGGCAAACUUCAGACAUGUCUGUACAUGUGCUUUCUUAAACAGGGUGACCUUGCGGGCGCUGCAGGAUUUCAGUCCUUCCUGGUGUAGUGUGUUACCAAUUGUUUUCUUGGCAACUGUGGUCCCAGCUGCCUUGAGAUCAUUAACAAGAUUCUCCUGUGUAGUUCUGAGCUGAUUCCUUAAUCGUUCUCAUGAUCAUUGAAACUCCAAGAGGUGAGAACUUGCAUGGAGCACUAGACCGAGGGAGACUGACAGUUAUUGUGUUUCUUCUAUUUGCGAAUAAUCACACCAACUGUUGUCAAGCUCCUUGGCGAUGGUCUCAUAGCCCAUUCCAGCCUUGUGUAGGUCUACAAUCUUGUCCCUGACAUCCUUGGACAGCUCUUUGGUCUUGGCCAUGGUGGAGAGUUUGGAAUCUGAUUGAUUGAUUGAUUGCUUCUGUGGACAGGUGUCUUUUAUACAGGUAACAGAGAAAUCAUACAAAAUGAAAGGGAUUCAAUAGUGUUAGGAAUGCAAAUGUGUAUUCCUAAUACUAUAGUGCCCUCUGAUCCUAAUUGCAAUUUGCAUGCUUACAUGCACUAUGGCCAGUCUUGCAUUUUUGCUAGCACUCAUUGCGUCAGAAACAACAAAUCUUGUUAAUAGUAAACAAAAGUUCUGUGCUGUUUUUUGUUUUUUUUGUUUUUUUAAUGAUUUAAGUUUCCUCUUCAUAUUUGUAGUUCCCUUCUUCUUUUUCCAUCUUAUUCCAUGACUUUUUCAUACAUCAAAUCCAAAAUACAUAGUAAACUUUCUGUGGCUAAAAGUGUUAAACCUUGGGUUUUUGCAGCCAUGCCAGAAAAUAAAGAUGAUAUAUUGCACAUCUUCCAGUCUGUUCAAUGCCAGUAAGUAUUGUGAAAUCAAUACUUAAGUUUUAAUGUAAUUACACAUUCUGUCUGAACUAAAACGAAUUCCUUCUUACAGUCUGUAACAUUAUCAUUGGAAAUACCACUUAAUUUGAGAAAUGCCAGAGAGUUCCUUAAGUUCCCGACCCAGGCAUGGAGUAUAUACUACUCAGUGGUGGCUGGUGAACAUUAAAGAUGGUGGGGCACUGAUUUAUUGGGCUCUACUCAAUUAACCCUGUGUAAUGAACCACGGACCCAAUCAUAUAUAAUUUCCUGUUCAAAACCAUAAGCCUAUAGAUACAUGUAUGUGGGAAAGAAAAAACACUUUAAAGAAGUCCAACUGCACCUACUGAUACUCAAUGACAGUCCUAAAAGACAGGACAAUACGCAGGUCAGUCUUUUAGAACAUCUAAAAAAUGAUUGCAACUAAAAAUGGUUACAACUAAUCAUUUAUUUACCUAGUGAUAUUGGGCUAUUUUAGCUCAUAGUUUGCAGCAAUUACUACAAACAUCUCCAGCCACUUUGACAAACUAUUAGAGUGUCUCUAUAGUCAAUAGCAAUUAUUAUCAUACCAUCUUAAUUUAUAUUCUGGAUGGGGGUCCUUUCUGUUUACAAACAGUACAUGGUGAAUUUUUGUUGGUGGGUUUAAGGGGUGCCCUUGAAGACACAAUAGGGCAAGUUAGCAUACAUCCAGUGUUGAUUUUGCCUGCCCAGUACCCAUCGACCUUCCCUGGUUAUAAGAGGAAAAUGACACCAUUUGUUACAAUCCCCCAAUAAAGAGGGGUUGUAACUUUUGUGGGUCCAGUUUUCUUCUCUUUUUUUCGCUCUAUUUUCUUUACAUUAAUCUAAAAAAUUAUGCCCCAUUCAAAGUCAAUGGAUGAUGUCAAAAAUCCUGGUGCAUUUUUUUUAAUGUCUUGAUAUGGUAAGCUGCUCAGCAACAUAUUCAGCCAUCAAAAAAGGGGGAGGUGGAAACUACAGAUAUCAUAACAGACAUGUCUCAGUCCUUACCACACCAAUGGAUUAAUUUCUUCUUUUUUUAACAUAAACUGAGGGGAGACCGCCCCACCUGCUCGGUGGACCAGUUUCCACUUAUCCUUUCAAUAUGUCUGUGAGGAUUUCACUUCAUUAAAUGUCAUUUACAAAUAUCCUGAUUUGUUGGCAGUUCAAAGCCAAUUCAAAGGGAAUUAAAUGUUUAAUUUAGCCUGUUUAGGAAAUACUUUUGUUUAUAACUUGGGCAAAAUGGUUUGCCUUCAGCACCAGGGUUGGAUGACUGGAUCUAUUGUGUGAUUGAUACUUAAACGCAGAUUUCAUGCACUGCUAAUGCCCUUGAUAUGGCAUUAGCAGUGCAUUACUUUUGCUGUAAUGAAUACCAAUGAAAGUAGCUCAUAUGUGGGACUUAUUUCACAAGAAGGUGACAUGAGCUAGGGAGUCUUCUUGUGGUCACAUUGCUCAAACUCCUCUCGGAUGCAGGCAUUGGUAAAGGAGAUGCUAGGCAUGUCUGUGCUAUUAUGGGUGGAGACAUGGGGGAAGCUGGUGGUCUCUACCUAAUCUCCAUAGUGUUGGAGAUAAUGACAUGACCAUUGAAGUGAUGGAUUGUUCAAAGAUUGAGAAAGAUUUUUUUUCUUUCGGCCUGCAUGUUCUUUCCCUGAUGUUGGAGAAGACAUAGUAGGUUGUGAGGCUGAAAGGGGUUAUUGCGUACUUGAGAAACAAUGUUGUAGCUCUUGGUGCAUGCACAUAGAUAGGCAUGAGCAUAUUACCUUAUGACCCAUCUGGCUUCUUGCAAAAGAUGUUUCUUGUUAUAAAUACAAUCAUGGGAAAAGGCAAACUGUGCAAAUCACAAAAGUGCGCAAUAGUUCAAAAUCCCUGAUUAGUCAGUAAUCUUUUCAAUAAAUCAAUCUAGAUUUCCAAAACACAAAGGGCCCCAUUGCAGCUCUAUAUGGAAAGUGUGCAAUGUUUUCUUCUGUGCACAUCAAAUUUGCCAAACCCCUUAAAGACAGAGACAAUUAUACUCUCUAAUAUCGGUGGGUCCUACACAGAUUUUUUUUUUAAAUGUUUUUAAUUCUUUAUUUUUUGUGCUUGUUUGUUUCAACAAGAACAUAUGUCAUGAGGUUACGGUAUUAUAAUGUUGACAAUUUCCAUACAAUAUAUUGCGGAUUUCAACAGGAGAAACAUGUUCAUGGAGGUAGUAAGCACCUUUUCUUGUUACAAACAGGUUUGGUAACAUACCCUGGGUGGCAUUAUAUCAUCAAAAUUUUAAAACUAUUGCAUGCUGUACCCGUGGGAUACUCCCGGUGUGUGACGUGAACUAUGCUCGCUUUGGUGAGCCAGGUUGGAAUCAAAGUGUGUGAGAGCAUUUAUAUAUGGAAAGGCAGGCUGGGGCAUGUGUGCAGGAUAGUUGCCUAUAUAUCUGGGUUGGUUAAAUAAUGUGCCGAUGCAGGCUGGAUUGCUGAGAGUUACAGCGCUAGUAAUCACGCAUCUUAGCUGAAACCCCUAACCAAGGAGGCAUGGGGGGGGGGGGCGUGUAUUGUAAUAGAUGCAACUUUCUGUCAGUGGUGACAGAGGUAUUGAACUUCUUGUAAGGAAGUCGAAGCUUCAUUAUACACUGUGGGGUGAUUGUAAUUCUAGCAUCUUUGCCGAGCCAAAGUAAGGAUAAGCACAACAUAAAAUACAUGAAAAAGGAACUGUGUUGUAAGCUUGUAGGUAAUAGCAGUGUUACAGGCAACCUAUUUGGGUGCCUUGGCCCCUGGAUGUUUUCAGGUGUCUAGGGCCUGUUAGCAUCACAGAGGGGUGCUGCCAUCCAGCUCCCAGUUUUCAUGGUGAUUUGUGGCUGCGGAGGAAGCUUGUGAAGGAGGCAGUCCUAUUGCGUGCAAGAAUGCUGAGACUCCAUUCAUUGUUGUGAGAUUGUGAGAAGUCCCGUUAUGGUGGAUAAGAAGGGAGCUAAUGUUUCACCAUCAGUAUGGCUUGUAUCACCAUGGUUGUCACUGGUCCAAAUGACUUGCGCCAGAGUAAGGUGGCUCUGAUGAGGUCUUGGAAGAAUAAUAGCUGGGACCCUUCAAAGGUCAGUGGUGUUUUGCCCUUCAAGGCUGACAUUAUCUGCAUUUUGUCAUGUACUGUCACACACUGCAGUAUGACAUCCCGUGGUGUAUUGGGUGAUAUGCAGACCGAGCUAGUCACUCAGUAGGUCUCGUCUAAGAUUAUUUUCACUGCAAUCAUCUGUGACAAAAUUGUGGUGAGUAGCACUGAAUGUAGUGGGGCAAUUAUUCAGUUGGAACGGUGGCGGGAUCACCGCGGAUUUUGAUGUUUGUUGCUUGUCUUCGAGGGACAUUAUUUGGGAGGCUAGCACUUGCUGCUCAGUUUGCAGUUGGAGGACUGAGGCAUUGAGUUUGGUUACAUGAUCGUGGACUUCGGCAAGGUCGUCCUCCGCGGUUUUGACACGGUCAGAAACAGGUUGCAUGUCCUUUUUGACAAGUGCCACAUCAGCUGCUAAUAGCUUCUGUAUGUCAGUCAAGAGUACCUUUAGGUCCCCUUUGGUGGUGGGGGCUGAGUCAUCAAGGGAUGCAGGAGGUAAGGCAUUUUGGCUUGAGGGGUUCUUGUGUUAUUAGUCACUCCACUUUCGUGGGGCACUCAAUGGGUCACUAUUUACAAUACAGACACUGGACAACCAGCUUCAAGCCAACUGGUGAAAACCAUACUAGAAACAAUGCAAUUAUUUCUAUAUGGGGAGUGAGCGGCUCUUUUUUGUAUAUCCUAAACAAUCUGUUAUUUUUGCAAUGAGGAAGGAGAAAAUUGGUGCCUGCCAUCCCCUUAAAUUUAUCUGCCUAGGUGCAGGCUUAGCUGGUAUAAUGGUAAAGACACAACCAGAUAUUUGCUGAUUUGUCAGAAAAGCAAAGAAAAAUAAUGACAGUCUCAAUCUGCCUUACUUUAAAACCAGGAAAUGUAAGAUUUUACUGUAUGUUAAUACCCAUAAUGUGCACAGGUGUUCUGAUCUACUGCUAAUAAGUGUGUCUAAAAUAAAAAGUGUUGUCCCACCAGUUCAUCACAACAAGUUAUUAUAUGAGAAUUGCUGUGUAAAUGGUGAAAUGACUCAUUUGUUUGUUUUAUUUUUUCUACAGGGUGCAGAAUACGAAAAGAAGGUUUUUGAAAGAGAAGUUACUAAUCUUUUUCACUUUGUAAAUGACAAUAAUCAACGAAAUCAGAUUGAUAAAUUAAUCAAACUUAUAAACAAAGUAAAUGCUACCGUAAGUAUUAAGUUCAUUUUGCAGGGCAUUCACAGUGAACAGAAUUGAAAUUUCAGCCAUUAUUUAAAUGUUGUUUAAAUGUAAAAUGACAUGUUAAGUACUUAUAAGAACAAGCAAGAUCAUUUUGUUAAUUGUUUUCAAAUAGUAAGCUUGGCAUCAGGAGAUGGGGCAGAAGUUAAAAGAAAGGUGUGGAUAGUAGUAAGGACGGAACAAAUGCUCCAUAUUAAACUCAGGAAUGUGUAAUUUGAACUAUUUUUCCAUUCCCCCAAAUAUUGACGCCCCAUUAAUGGGAUUUCAAUCACCAAGGCCAGCCAUCUAAGGAUGGACCACCAGGAAGUCCAGUUUCAACCCUUACUGCAUUGUCCUAAUGGUGGACUACGCAGGGAGUCCUGUUUCAACCCUUACUGCAUUGUCCUAAUGGUGGACUACGCAGGGAGUCCUGUUUCAACCCUUACUGCAUUGUCCUAAGGAUGGACCACACAGGGAGUCCUGUUUCAACCCUUACUGCAUUGUCCUAAGGAUGGAAAAGAAAAAACAGGGGAUAACCCCUAAAUUGUUAAUUUAACUUGAGAGGAAAAUACUAAAGAAAAAGGGAAAACAAAAUCUACCAACAAGUAUCUCUUAAUUGAGAAAGUAAUUACAAUUAGUGCCAAAGUAAAACUUAACUUUUAAUGUUGUUAAAUAAAAAGAGAAAUUGAUAAAUAGAAUAAAGCAAGGUGUUGAGUCCUUUUUGUAUCUAAUGAUAGAUACUAUUGUAGCAAGGCAACAGUGAAUCUAUGAAAAUUGUCAAUAAGCAAAUAGGCAUGCUAUUAUUUAGACAUUGUAACACAUAAGACAGAGUAAAGGCUGAGAAAAAGGAGGCGCAAAAUGGCUAGGUCCUAUAUCGGUAAGAAUCUAAUGUGCCUUCGUGGGCACCACUUAAAAAAAAGCCUGCUCUGAUACUAAAGCCACCCGCUACUAUUUCAAGUGAGGAAAUCAAGGUAACAAAAUGGUAACAAGGACUGAACAUCCACACACAGGAUGCCUAUACACAGAGUGAAAGUUCCGUUGUUGUGAGAUUGCGGUGGGGAAUAUUAACACCUAGGAUAUGACGAGUAGGCGUCCUGAGCCCCUACUCGGCAUAUAUGUACCAGGUGUAGGAAAAGGAAUAAAUAUAUAUAUAUAUAUAUAUAUAUAUAUAUACAUAUACACACACACACACACACACACACACAAGAGAGUAAUCCAGAUAGCACUCCCAGGACCGUCCUGAUGAAAGUCUGUGUAAAACAGACUGAAACGUUGAUUCAUUUUUUAUAAGCUAAUUAAAAGCUAAGUUUUAUUUUAUCUACAAGUCCUGACAAGCACCGGGCAAGUAUAUUUGUAUUAUAUAUAUAUAUAUAUAUAUAUAUAUAUAUAUAUAAAAUCAAACUGUACCUUGUACACAGGCUCCUAGUUUCUCCAAACCGGGUGCAUAACCAGGGCUUAAACAUCCAUAUAAUCAGGUUUAUUCAAAUUCCAUAAAAUAGAUCAACGUUUCAGUCCAGCCUGUUCAGUCCAGGAUCCUGAUCUGUUUUAUGGAAUUUGAAUAAAAGUUAUUUUUUAUCGGAAAUCUGUGAGUGCAGCCAUUCUACCUGAGAUAGAUAUAUAUAUAUAUAUAUAUAUAUAUAUAUAUAUAUAUAUACACACACACACACACAUCUAACAAAAGUGAGUACACCCCUCACAUUUUUGUAAAUAUUUUAUUAUAUCUUUUCAUGUGACAACACUGAAGAAAUGACACUCAAACGGAAGGUGGGGGAAGAACAAGGUUUCUAACAUCCACCUGCUCCGUGAUGUCAUCAUAGAGGAGUGGAAGAGGACUCCAGUAGCAACCUGUAAAGCUCUGGUGAACUCCAAGGCAGUGCUGGAAAAUAAUGGUGGCCACACAAAAUAUUGACACUUUGGGCCCAAUUUGGACAUUUCCAUUUAGGGGUGUACUCACUUUUGUUGCCAACGGUAUGGACAUUAUUGUGUUGAACUUUUGUGAGAUACUGUGUAAUGCCUGGUGCUGGUUGUGGCAAAAGUAGAUAUAGGUGCAGAAACAAUCGCACUCCUGGGACUUUGUUAAAGUAGUAUAAUUUAGCUUUUAUUCAUUCCAUAUAAAAUAUCAACGUUUCAGCUCCAACACAGAGCUUUCAUUAGGACAGAUAACAUGAAACAUAUGUGCAGACAAGAGAAUAUAUACCUCAGAUCCCUCCAAAAAACUGAACAAUCAAAUAAAAAAUGCAGGCUGAGGCUAACUCCCAGUCUACCCUUGUAUCUGCAUAAUUGGGGCUCAGAAGGGAGGGUGGAGUGGAGUGUUUGAGUUCCAAACUCUUGCCUAGAAACAUCCGGGAUGCAUGGUUCAAAAUUAUCUAGCCAUGGUUACGGACAAACCUUAAACUUUCAUCAUCCUUAGUCAGCGGUGUUGAUUCAGUAGAGCAGGGGUGUCAAACAUGCGGCCCCCCAGAUGUUGCUGAACUACAACUCCCAUGAUUCCCUGGCUAUCUGUUUCAUUGAAAGAAUCAUGGGAGUUGUAGUUCAGCAACAUCUGGGGGGCCGCAUGUUUGACAACCCUGCAGUAGAGUAAAACGCUUGUAAAUAAGUACGUUACUAAAUAAUUAAAAACAAAUACUUGUAGGGCAAGAUAGCCAGUCACAGGUCUAAUUAAUUAUUAGUAUAGUAAACAGGCAGUUAGAAUACUUAUAUCCAAUAGUUUAAGGCUUGGUGGGGGUAGCUAGAGAGUACCAUCAACAUAAUAGUAAUGUCAUAUACCAGCAAUAUUUAUGUGGCAUUAAAGUUUUAGUGCUUAUAAACAACAUACCAUCAACAUAGUAGGUAUCUCAGGGUAAUAAUAAUAAAAAAUGAAUAAAAUUAAGACUAAGAAUUAAAUAAAAAUAAGACUAGACACAUAAUGACCGUGUACUGUUAACAGAGUAGCUAUUUGAAAAAUAGUAACAUUAACAUGAUUCAAUUAAAUAUAUUAGGCAUAUAGAGCUGGACACAUAAUGACAGGGUAUAGUCAAAAAAGUAGCAAACACAUGUAGCAACAAUUAAUAACCUGGAUAUGUUGUGUCACAUUAAAGUUUAGCACACCAGCAAAUGCUAAGUAUAGACAUAGAGGAAUUAUCCUAAACAUACUGAUAAGGCACAUUUUUUAAUUGAAACCUUUAGGUAAGGCAGUGUUUAAAGUUUUAAUCCAAUAGACUUCCCUUUGAAGUAAAGGUUUCUUGCGAUCUUCUCCUCUGCGAGGGGGGGGGGAAGGGGGUGUGGUCUAUAGCCAUAAACUUUAAUGUGGGAAGGGGGUGUCCAAAUGACAAAACAUGUUUGGCCACAGGGAGGUCAACCUCAUUGUCCCUAUAGGCUGUGCUGAUAUUCGAACGAUGGUUUCUUAUGCAUUCUCUUAAGGGGAGGUCUGCCUUUCCUAUAUAGGACAGUCCACAGGGGCAUUGCAACUUGUAGAUUACAAAAUACGUAGGGCAAGUAAGUCUAUGCUUGAUAGGGUAUCUCUUUCCUGAAUGUAGGUGAGUGAAGUAUUUACCUGAUGACAUAUGACUACAUGUGACACAACCCAGACAGUGGUAGCAGCCCCAGUUAACAGAUGUCUGGUCCUUGGUGUAACAGUGCACUGGAUCUGUUUUGACCAGAAGAUCCUUCAGAUUCUUUCCUCUUUUAUGGCACAUCAUGGAGGGAUUGUGGAAAACCUCUGGUAGACUCGGGACACGUUCUGGGAUACGCCAGUUGGACCUUGCAUUUUGUAGACUGUUGGACACUGUGUUAUACGUGGUUGGAAAGACCAUGCGUGGAUUGUCCUUUGUGUUCCAUCGUGCUGGCUCUUGACUCUUAAUCAAUGCUUGUUGUAGGGUUGAUUAUUUGUAGCCCCUCUCUCUGAAUUUGUUCCACAUCUCCUUGAUCUGUUUUUGGGUAUUCACAGUAUCAGAAUUAUUACACACUACCCUCAUAAAUUGGGAUAGUGGUAGUGAUUCCUUGAAGGGUUUCGGAUGGAAACUGUCUGCUCUGAGUAUUGUGUUUCUGUUGGUUUGGUAUAGAGGGUAUGUGCCAGUUUGGACUGGUUCUAUUAGAUGUGGACAUCCAGGAAGUUGACUUAUGUGGGGCUUGCUGUCAAUGUGAGUUUGACCAGUAUGGGUGCUUCGUUAAUCGAAUUUACCAUUGAUGUAACUUUUACACUGUAUUCUUAUUAAAUAGGAAAUCCAGCCAUUUUGCCAAUGGUUCAAGGACACCCCCAAUGGCUGAGACUAUAGGCCUACCUGGAAGGUGGUUCAUACUCUUGUUGAUUUUACCUAGGGUAUAAAUGAUAGGUGUUCUCGGUGUUGGUUGGAUUAAAGCUUUUUGUAAUUAUUAAUAAUUUGUUAGACCUGCAACUCGCCAUCUUGUCUUUCGAGUAUUUGUUUUUAAUUAUUCACUGCUUAUUAACGUACAUAUUUACAAGCGUUUUUACACUACUUAAUCAAGUACCUGGGCAACACCGCAGGCUAAGGAUGAUGAGAGUUGAAGGUUUUUCUGCAACCAUGGCUAGGUAAAUUCGAACCAUGCAUGACGAAUGUUGCUAGGCAACAGGUUGGAACACAAACACUCCACUCCUCCCUCCCCUCUGAGCCCCAAUUAUGCAGAUACAAGGGUACAGGGAGUUAGCCUCGGCCAGUGGUGCUACACCCGCACACUGAUUCAGUAAGUACACGCCAGUGGUGCAUUGUUUAUUUGAUUGUUCAGUUUUUUGGAGGGAUCUGAGGUAUAUAUUCUCUUGCCUGCACAUUUGUUACAUGUUAUCUGUCCUGAUGAAAGCUCCAUGUUGGAGCUAAAAACGUUGAUAUUUUAUAUGGAAUGAAUAAAAACUACAUUUUACUACUUCAACAAAAGUCUCAGGAGUACGAUUGUAUAUAUAUAUAUAUAUAUAUAUAUAUAUAUAUAUAUAUAUAUAUAUAUAUUGUGACAAACUUACUUCCCUGUGUGUGUUUGUCCAGGAUCUUUUGGCAAGGAUACACCAAGCAGCAAAACCUUCUUUCUCCUCAAAAUUCUUUCCUUCUUUCCUUCUUUCCUUCUUUCCUUCUUUCCUUCUUUCCUUCUUUCCUUCUUUCCUUCUUUCCUUCUUUCCUUCUUUCCUUCUUUCCUUCUUUCCUUCUUUCCUUCUUUCCUUCUUUCCUUCUCCUCAAAACACUUCCCUCACUCCACCCUGCUUUAACUGCAGUUAUAUAGCUGCUCACAGCCCCUACAGGUGAGGCUAAUGACCUCAUUAGGCAGUGAGCCAGAACUCCUUAGAAAACCUGGGCUGGACUCAUGCACAGCCACUCUGACAGUGGGUGGAGAAUCGGCCCACCCUGCUCUUCCGAAUACUCCACCCCAGGGACCCAAAUAACAACAUAGAAAAAAACCUACAUUUAAUCUUUCCCUGGGGCUGCAUGUGCUUAACCACAUGUCAGGAUAGUGGCUGCGCAAAAGUCUGGGUGCCAGAUAUACACCUUUGACCACCAUCCCCAACACUCAGUCACAAUGUAUAUAUAUAUAUAUAUCACGGCUUAAAAUUUGAAGUCCUAUGCUAAAAGCAUUGUAUGAUCACCAGGGGUGAAUUUCUACUAGCCAGGAAUAUAUAUCUUUCAACAAAGAAUCAUGAGCAGUUAUGUUUUAUUUACACAAUAGGUUUGGUCAGUGUUUAACAGUCUGCAUACAUUACCUCAGGGUAAAAAAAUUAUUUAUUUGAAUGAUUAAUGCAAUCUUUCAUGAGUACCAUUGAGCUUCAUAAAUAAUAAAAUGUAUACUGUAAAACAUAUGUAAAAAUCAAUGAAAGCUAAAUAAAGCUACCACGAUAAAUUACUCUGGGCUAGAGAACAGCAUAACGUGUCAUUGCGCAGCAUUUUUACCUAUAUAUGUCAAUGAGAGAAUUUCUAUUCAGUUUCAGUUUAAGAUUUAUAAUAUGAUCUAUUCCAUUGAUUUUAUUUUGGUAACAAACUUUUGGUCAGAUUCUGAUAAACAUAACUCUGGUAACUGAAUAGCAGUUCUCUCAUUGACAUCUACUGGAAAGCUGCAUUCAAUUAUUGGAUAUACAUUUCUUUCUUAUAAUAAAAACCUUUGUGCUACAAAGGUCAAUCUUCCAGUCUCUGUGUUUGCAGAGGAGAAAGUAAAGAUACAGUCUCUCUGCACCAAAGCCUCUACAUCAGGGGUAGUCAACAUUUCAAUACCUAACGCCCACUUUUGUAUCUUUAUUAAUGGUAAAAUUUCCUUACCGCCCACCAGUGCUGCAGUAACUAAUUUUAUAGCACAACUGCAAUUUUUAAAAAGUUUAUUUUAGAAAUUAGUUUUUUUUUUUUAUGUACUUAAAUGUAUCUAUUUUUCCCCUUUUUUUCUAUGUGUGUCUGUGAGGUGCUGUGUGUGUGUGUGUGUGUAUGUGUGUGGUGCUAUGUGUAUGAGGAGGCAGUGUGUGCAUGCGUGUGUGUGUGUGUGUGUGUGUGUGUGUGUGAAAGGUGUUGUGUAUGUGUCAAGAUUGCUGUGUGUGUCAGGGGAGCUGUGUGUGUUCUCUUGGGUUUGUGUGUGAGAGAGGUGCAGUGUGUGUGUGAAGGGAGCAGUGAGUGUGAAGGGUGCAGUGUGUGAGAAUGGUGCAGUGUGAGUGGUGAUGUUACAGUGUCCCUUUAGGCACAUAAGUACUUUUUGUACAGUUGUUAGAAGUAUAAAUCAGUUUCCUUAUUUUUAUAACAAUUAGUGCUGGAUUCUAUUGAAAGAUUUAAGUAAAUCUCAGGUAACUGAUAAGUGAUUUUCUAGUAGAUGUCAGUAAGAGAAUUGCUAUAAAGUUACUAUAAUACGUAAAUCUCUUGAAUAAUAAUCGAGAGUUUAGUAUGAAUAACAGACUAAGUGACAAUAACAAUAUCAAUAAUUAUUGAGAUUUCUUUUUGCUUUUUGUCUUUCAGAAUACACAUACGACUAAUCAUGAUGUCACCUUUGAGAAGAUUUCUUGUUUUCUUGACAGACUCAAAGAUUUUUUGGAAAUCCUUUGUAAAACUAUAAAAUGCAUACUCUGAGCUAUAACUACUAUAGAACACUGUAGUGUUAAAUAUUGUUUUACCUCUUUCCUGGAGUCUACUGGCAGCCUCUUCCUACCUCUACUGCAGCCUCCAUGACAGCCUGAAGAUCUCUAUAUGAGCUUAGCUGACAGUGAAUGUCUUAAUUCAUUGGCUGAAAGUGAUCAGCUAACACUGUCAGUCAAUGAGCUGGCUCAAACCUAGUGCAUGACGUAGCUAGGCUGUCUGAGAGGAGGUGGGAGCAAUACCCAGCAGACCCCAGGUAAGAAGUCAAACCUUUCUAUAACUUUUUUACUACUUAUUAGGGGGCAUGAGGGCACUCCUGGUAACAUAAACAAAACAGUGGGCUUGUUAAGGGAAAAAUAACAUGGACAAUUGUCUUCAAGAUUACCACCUGCUUAGCUGCUAACCUCCAGAAACCUGUAAUAUUGAAUCAUGCUUUUAGUCAUAUACACAUACAUUAGUAAAUAACUAUUAGAAUAAAUAGUAUUACAUCAUAAUAACUAACAGACUAAUCUAUAACUAUAUAAUAAGGUGUGCGGGGAAGUAUAUACGAUUUAAGUGAAUAACAAACUGAAGAUGUUUAAAACGAAUGACUUCAAAUGAGACAGCAUACAAACGAUUAAAGGACCACUAUAGUGCCAGGAAAACAUACUAGUUUUCCUGGCACUAUAGUGCCCUGAGGGUGCCCCCACCCUCAGGGUCCCCCUCCCGCCCGGCUCUGGAAGGGGAAAGGGG